UAAUGAGAUCCGCAGCGACAAGAUUAGACCAAGCGAGAUAACGUGAGCGACUGUACGCACUUACAUCACGACGCACAUUCCCGGAAUUUCGCCUAGCGAUUCUUACUCCUACCUCGCGGCCACGUAGACCCUUAUGAUUCCAAGCGAUGCUUCGUGGGACCAGCUACGACGGGACCGAAGAAGAGAGUGGAAAAAGCGAGCGGAGAAAGAGAGAGAGAGAGAGAGAGAAAGAGGGGUUGAAACGUCGUCAAGACGUUGGUUAACGCCAGUUCGUGAAGAUCUCGCCAGAAGGUUCGAGCCAUGCGGCCGUGCCUCGUCAUCCUGAUCUUCCUCGCGAGCACGGCACUCGCGAGGUACCACGAAAAAACGCGUUUCGAUCGAUCAAUUCACGAGUAUGAAAUGAAAAAUAUAGAAAACAAUAAUGAAAAGAAACAAUGGUCUUUUAUUGAUGAUAUAACGCAAUUCGUUGCAUACAAGAGCAGAAAGGAGAACGAUUGCUAUCUUGAAAAUAUAAGACAUGAUCAGAAUGUGCCACGUAAAAAAUGGCAACCCAAGAUACUCUAUGCAUCGACUAUCCUCACGAAACUGGAGGCGUGGCGACUUGCUGGAGGUCGAAUUGUUAAUUUCUGCAAUGGACGCAAUAUGUUUUUACUACAAACAACGAAACCUGUGCCUGAGCGAGCUCUCGAUCCUUUCUUCAACGAAAUUCUUAUAGAUGAAAAUCAUAUUUCGUCAAAACACAUAGUCGACAUGGUUCUAACACCAUUAAAAGCUCGAGCAAAGCGACAGAUCCAACUCGAGCAACAAGAAAAGCUGAACAACAAUAUUGAUCAAAUUCGUCAACGUCGCCAAACAAAGUUUCGUGGUCAGACGCAAUCUCAAUAUUUAAAUUUUGGUGAUGAAAAAAAAGAAGGCAAGGCCGAAGCUGAAGCUACUCAACAAUCUUCGCGCGCAGUAGUUAGUGGUAGUCGCGGUAUGGGUCAAGCACAAAGUAUGUCAUCUGGUGGUACCGGUUGUGAAGGUUGUCCUGGGUAUCCUGGAUUUCGUGGAUAUCCUGGAAUUCAGGGAAGACCGGAUGAGAUACAAGUUCCACCUACGGGUAUUGACAGGCAAGGUCCAAGUGUUGGCACACCUGGUAUUAUACACCCUGGAACAGGAGUCAUUCCUGGAGUAACACCUCGCCCUGGGAUAAUAAUGUAUCCAACUCCCGGAGGAAUUCCUGGAGAAAUUAGUACUUAUCCUGGUUUUCUUCCUGAAAGACCAGAAACUUACCCUGGAGGUAUUCGUCCUGGUAUCGUGAUACCAGGAGUUGACGGAACAUAUCCUGGAGGCGUUCGUCCUGGUACCGUGACACCGGGAGUUGACGGAACUUAUCCUGGAGGCAUUCGUCCUGGUACCGUGACACCAGGAGUUGACGGAACAUAUCCUGGAGGCGUUCGUCCUGGUACCGUGACACCAGGAGUUGACGGAACUUAUCCUGGAGGCAUUCGUCCUGGUACCGUGACACCAGGAGUUGACGGAACGUAUCCUGGAAGCGUUCGUCCUGGUACCGUAACACCAGGAGUUGACGGAACGUAUCCUGGAGGCGUUCGUCCUGGUAUCGUGACACCAGGAAUUGACGGAACGUAUCCUGGAGGCGUCCGUCCUGGUACCGUGACACCAGGAGUUGACGGAACUUAUCCUGGAGGCGUUCGUCCUGGUAUCGUGACACCAGGAGUUGACGGAACGUAUCCUGGAGGCGUCCGUCCUGGUACCGUGACACCAGGAGUUGACGGAACGUAUCCUGGAGGCGUCCGUCCUGGUACCGUGACACCAGGAGUUGACGGAACGUAUCCCGGAGGCAUCCGUCCUGGUACCCUGACACCAGGAGUUGACGGAACGUAUCCCGGAGGCAUCCGUCCUGGUACCGUGACACCAGGAGUUGAAGGUACGUAUCCUGCUAAUGUUCGUAAAACUGUUGUGAUAUCAGGAAAUGAUAAAACGUAUUUAUCUGAAAAUUUAAUUACAGGAGAUCGUGGAUUAUAUCUUGGAGGUAUUCAACCGGUACAAGGUGCCUAUCCUCCUGGUGGUAUUGUAACCACGUCAGUAACAACGGGUGCCACUGCUGUUACUGGUAUUGGACCUUACCCAGUUAGUACCGCGCCUGGAACAGGGUUACCAAGUGCAACAUAUCUAGGAGUUCCUGGUACUUCUCUCGGAACUGGAGUUUAUCCUGGCGGUGUCCGACCUGAUUCGGCUAUCCCGGGGACAAGUGUCGGGAUUUAUCCUGGUAGUGUUGUCCCAGGAGGAAUAAUAACUCAAGAAGUUUAUCCUGGUAGUGGUCAGCAGACUCCCGUAUUCCAUCCUCAAGGUAUUCCAUCAGGCACUUUACCAAGCGGAGGUCAAGUUCCUGGUACGAUUACAACUGGUACACAAAUAACUUAUCCAGAUGGUCGACCAACGAACGGUCAAGCUGUUUAUCGAGGUGGUGCUAUUCAACCUGGAAGGAUUCCUGACGGAACUGGCGUAACUCCUGUAUCAGGUAGUCAAGCUACAUAUCCAAGUGUUACAUAUCCUGGUACUAUUCCAGGUACAUAUCCUGGCGGUGCGCAAGUUAUUUCUCCCGGUACCUCAUAUCCUGGUCAAGAAAUUUAUCCAGGAGGCAAAGUGCCAGUUUAUCCAAGCAGACAAUAUCCAGGCACGGGAAUCGGAAUUUCGGGAACAGGAGGUGUUCAGUAUCCAAUAGGUACAACAGGUCAAACGAUUGGAGGAACUGGUGUUACUGGACAGUAUCCUGGUCAAUAUCCAGGCGGAAUCAGCGGUCAAGGAAUAGACAGAGGACCUGGAUUAGCAGGUGUGAUAGAUGACGGUACCGAGUCGCAAGCAUCGAGUUCCGUGCAACAGGUGGACUCGGGUACUCAAGCAAGUGCCUCGGCUCAAGGUAAAUACGGAUCGGGCACAACUCAAUCGCAGGUAACAGGCACCUACAGUGGUUCCGGCACUUUCUCGGCCCAGGCUGGCACCAGCGACGCCAACAAAAGCGCUCAAGCCGAGAUUAGUGGCGGUAAAGAAGGAGCUACUAGCAACGCGCAAGGUGUUGCCGGUUACGGAAAGAGUCAGACGCAAGUUCAAUUAGACUCAGACUCCGGAGCUACUUCGACAGGUGCUCAGAGCAGUGGUUGGAAUCACGGUACCAACUCGCAGGUGCAAGCAAGCUCCAAAGGCGGAAUGGCGGAUGCUCAAGCCAACGGUGAAGGUAGUACUUCCAGCCAGGCGCAGAUCGGGUUCCAGCCGUAUUUGAAGAGCGACGAUGAGAAAGUAGAGAAGCAUGCGACACCAUUUCGCGGUAGCGGAACAGCAUCGGCUCAAAGUGGCACUCAUCGAGGUCAGUCCCAAUCGCAGUUACAAGGUUCUUUUCAAUAUGGAAUCACAUACACCGGUGCAGCGCAGGCUGGUUCCGGAUCUGGUGCCGCAUCCUCACGAAAACCUUUUAAUUUCACUGACACUGAACUCUUCAAGCCCUUCAAACCGGCUUCUCCUUUGAAGCGACCGACGAAUGUUGAUAGCGUACAAUCGAAUCCGUCGGCAAAUUCGAAUUAUGAUAACAAACAAGACGAAAACAAGAAUCACGAGCAAGGCUUGCAAAGUAGUUCAACAUCGAGGCAGACCGUUGUCCUAGCUUCCAAGAAUAAUUCGGAUGCUGUUGACAAAAAAGUGACGGCUACCGAAAAAACGCGAACGGACGACACGGCAUACGACGAAUACGAUGACAACUAUGCGGACGAAGACGAUUAUCCUACAGCAGCAGGUUCGAAGUUGACAAUCAAAGAGAAGUUCUCAGAAACUUUCUCACGUCCAACCUCAAAUCAUCAAAAACUCGAUAAGACUAUUCAGCAGCAAAGCCGCAGUCAGAUGCAGACGAUACAAGUCGCUAAAGAAAAUCAGUACAACAUCCACGUUAAUCAAGACUCAAAUAUGCCGCGGACUGGUGAUAUUCUACAACCAGGACAAUCCGUGUCAGGAUACACCAUUCCGCCUGGAUUUCGUGGCAGAGUGAUGUCGACCUCCGGCAUAGAGACCGUUGCUCAGGGCGACGGCAAGUCUCAGUCACAGACUGUAUCUUUAGUAUCAAAAGACUUCAAUAACACCAGAUCAUCGCCUACGGAAACCAGAUCACUUCAGACAAAUCAUGAGCGUUAUCACGUUAGUCAGCAUACAUCAAAGAGUCAAGAAUCUCUCGUUAAUCAAAACGUAUCUUCCGAUAAGCGCAUGAGAUUUACUCCGGCAAUAGCGGCGAAACCGAAUUACUACACGGUAACCAACAGUUUCGCCGGUAAGAUGAAUGGCAGCAACGAACCGAGAAAGUAUGAACAUCGAUAUUACACCAAGAGUUCUACCUGUGGUUACUUCACGUUUUCCUGUAACGUUGUGUACGGUUCAAACGGCAGGACAAAGAUCUGCAAACCGAAAGUGCCGACAUAUCCUGAUGGUACGCCUAUGCGGUGUUGAAUCAUCAAAAUAUAUAAUACUAAAAUAUAUAUAUAUACAUACAAUUACAAAUUUAAAGCAUUUUGUAUUAAAUAAUUUUCCUUUGUUGUAUAAUACAGCGGAACAUUUGUGACUCAUUUAGUUUGUAGAUUAGAUCGUAUUUGACUAAUUGCUUUCGCGCGCGUCGAUAUUGUAACUCAUUCUAUCAUAAAUUCAAGUGAUACAUUCCCUUUUCAGUUUUCAACAGAUAAAAUAAAUAUAAAUGUAAAACGAAUACAACACAUAAAACUUUCAUUUUUAUGGAUUCGUAGAUAUUUUUUUCAGGAAAUCCGCAGGAUUGAAAGUUACAAAUAUUACGUAUACUUCAAUGUUACAAUUUCUUUAUUGAGGUACUUCCAAACUUAUUGACUAUAUAACAUGGGAUGAACAUGUUACAUCAAUCGCUGCUAUUUAUUAAGUUUUGUCAAUAAAAUACAUUUUAAC